AUGUUUUGGACAGAGAGCCUCACGCCACAGCUGGACCCUGAAGAGAUGAAACAGAAGAUGCACAAGGCUGUGAUUUCCUCCAUGCAGAACUUCCUUAUCUACAUAGCACUGCUGCAAGUCACUCCAUUUGUCUUGAAGAAAUUGGACAGUACAUGA